AUGGCGUUCGCAGCCUUAGCCUCGCUUGUCUGCUUCGUUGCAGCCGCUCUCGUGCUCUUGUUUAGCAGGGGAGACAACAAUAGCAAUGGUCCACGAGAACCCCAAUACGUUUCUUUCAGAUAUCCUUUCAUAGGUCACUUCGUCGGCUUAUUACGACAUGGCAUCUCAUUCUAUGAGAUGAUGAGAGAUAAGGCAAAGUUGCCGAUAUACUCUAUCCGAAUGUUGGGUGCCAAGCUCUACGUUGUAACCUCGCCCGAACUUAUCAGCCAAAUCAACCGCAAGCAAAAGGUCAUCUCCAGCGAUGGCCCAUUCAUUGAGACUGUAUUUGCUCGCCUAUUGGCUCUCGACGCACCCAGUCUAGCACUACUACGAGGGGGUGCCCACGGCGCCCACCAGCGCAAUGGUCUAAGGCACGAUAUGCAAAUCCUACAACAUGACCUACUCAAGCCUGGUGAUGCGAUGAAGCAAAUGUACCUGCGCACUGUCGAAGAAUUCGCUAGACGCCUUAACGGAGUUGCUCCGGAAGCAGGUGCUAAGCAACCCGUGGAACUAAUGGGCUUGACACAACAAGUGUUCACCUGGGCGAUUGCUUUCUCGCUUUACGGACGCGACAACCCAUUCGAGCUCGACCCCAGCCUAGUAGAUGAUUUCUGGACUUUCGACGAGGGUAUCAUGAUGCUAGUCCUAAACAUCUUCCCCUCCAUCACAGCACCUAAGGCCGUCAAGGCGCGACAACGUCUAGCUGAUGCUUUCAAGGCAUACCACCGCAGCGGUCGCAAAAAUGGCCAGAAGGGUAUGUGCCAAGUCGUCAACAACUUGACUGAGCUCGGACGUCAAUACAACUGCUCUGAUGAAUACCUCGCACGAUCCGAAUUGGGUCUCUUCACCGGUCUCAUGAUUAACACUGUCCCCGCCCUAUUCUGGUUCCUCAGCUUCAUCCUCAACGACGACGAAUUGAUGCAAAAAAUCAGGACCGAAAUCGCACCUGCUGUUGAGAAGCGAGCCAACGGUACACAAUUUGUAGCCAUCAACACUGUUCGUGAGAAGUGCCCUCUUCUCCUCUCCACCUUCCAGGAAGUCCUACGUCUUACUGUUGCCGGUAUUGGUACCUUCGAGGUCCUCGAGGACACUGUACUAGACAACAAGUACCUCCUCAAGAAGGGUCGCGCCAUCCAGAUCCCCGCACUAGCCAUCCACACCGACAAGGAAGCCUGGGGUGAGGACGCCGAGAAGUUUAUUCCUGACCGCUUCACCCGACCGGGACGCCAGCACCCCUCUGCAUUCCGAACAUUCGGUGGCGGUAGCAGUUUGUGCCCUGGCCGACACAUCGCCGCCGACCUGAUGAUGACGGUAACCAUCAUGAUGUUGACGUCCUUCGACUUCGAGUUCGCACCUGGCAGCCAGAGAAUGCCGGGUAUGGACCGAAACAAGAUCGGGUCGAUGAUGAAGCCCCUAUCUGGCUUCAACCUUACGAUGGCAAGGCGGCCUGGCCAAGAUAAUGUUAAGUGGGAAUUUGAUUAA